UCAGUCUCUCACAGCCAGCGAAUAGCUGCGUAUCGCAUCGCUGCGAUCGAGCGCCGAAGAAAACCGAGCCGAGGAAAACGUAUUUCCAUUUCCACUUGCCUGACCAUAGAUAUUUUACUGGCGCAGCUCGCAAACGCAAAACGCGACGGCCAAUAAAAAGUGCAGUGAAUGUAGAAUUUUUCGUUUUUUUUUCCUGUUGCGCGAUUGCCAGUGCGAAAAGAAAAGAAAAGUGCUAAUUGUGCAAUUGCAAUUGCAAUUGAUUGACAACCCGAAACGAUCGAUCGAUCGAUUUUAUCGGGGGAGGGCCAGUGCGUUGGAUCGUUAGAUCAUUCAAAGUCAAAGAUGAAAACAUGAAGCCGUCGCGAAUUCGAAUUGAAAGCCACUAACUAGUAGAAGGCAGCGAAAGGCAGAGGCAGAGGCAGCAGAUCAUCGCAGAUCAUCGCAAAUCACCGCAGAUCACAAACAACAACCAACGAGUGGAGAAGCGAAAAAAUGAUGCCGCCAAGACUGCCAGGCGGCGUCCAUGGUGGAGUGAUGAGUAGUCGGAGCACCAGCACUAGUGGCCACCACUUAAACACAACGUUUCACAAGCGCCGACGGAGGCGACAGCAGCACCACAUCGCUGGCAGCCACAUCAGCCUCAGUCACGGCAGCUACCUGGCCCUGCUCCUGCUCUCCACCACUUGCUCCUUGGUGGCCACCAGCGCUUCCUCUUCAUCCGCGUCAUCCUCCUCUGCAGACACAGGCAUUGCGCCAGCAGAUGCGCCGCCGGUCAGCCAGUUGUCCAUCGCCUCCAGCUCGCCCUGCGCCCCACAGCAUUGGUGGGACUCGCAGCGGGAUCGCUGCACACCGUGCACCCGCUGCCAGGGCGAGAUGAUACCGCUGCGUCCUUGCCAGCUGCACACGGACACCAUCUGCGGCUCCAUAUACGACCUCAAGAUCGACUGGGUCGUCCUGGCCAAGACCGAACCCAACUGGAAGGAGCGCCGAAAGUCAUCCGAGUAUGAGCACUUCGAGCACAAUGCCCCACUGCAGCACCUGACCCACGAGCAACUGCAGCAGCUGCACGAGGAGGCCGCCGCCGCCUGGGCGCUCGACUGGCAGACUGGCGUCCUUUACGUGGCCGUGCUCACCUGCCUGGUCUUCUUCUCGGUGGCCGCCUGCAUCCUCAUCCACCACAUGCGCCAGUGGCGUCGCAUGGAGCGUCGCCUGGACCAGGAUGUGGAGGAGCUGUCGACCAAGCUGAUGGCCAAGCUGGCGGAGGUGCAGAGCCUGGACGGAGGCACCUUCUUCAUCGGCAACGCGGACGCCUUGCGAGGACUGCCCGCCUCCGCAGCGACGACGACGCAUCCAGCCACGACGCAGUCGGGGAUCUUCCAGCCACAACACGUGCUGCUGCCUGAGAAACGCGGCAAGCAGCAGGAGCGACGCAUCCUGAAGACCCUGCAGCCCGGCAAUGUCUACAUCGAGGAGAGCAACGCGGGACUCGGCGGCAUGGGCGGCAUGGGCGGAAUGGGCGUGGUCCGGGGCUGUUCCGGCCUGAAGGGCUGAGCCGGAGUUGAGGGUGAGGGGACAUACUUAAGGAGUGGCUAUGCGGGAGCAUCAACGCAGGACGAAGCGAGAAUGGAUCCCGAACACGAACCGGUAUCGAAAUCGUAAACGGAACCGGAAACGGAAUCGAAAUCGGAAACGGAACCGGAAACGGAAAUGGAUUGGAGAAAGAACUUUGUACAAACAGCCGCUUAACAGGAGGAAGACGGAAGGGAACCGAAACUAUUAUUAUUUUUUAUAUAAUUAAUCUUAUUCUAACUAUUACGACUCUUUUUUUUUUUUGUCCUAAUAUUUAAUUGAAUCGUUAUGUUGACUUGUUUGUAAUGCGCGGACAGAUGAGAUGCGGCAGAAUGUUUUGUACAUAGAGAUGAGGCAUGUGGGGCACAUAUCCACAUACAUAUAUGAUAGAAGCGAUUUAGAUUAACAAAUCUCUACUUAAUGUAAAUACUAAGGCGAUCGAACACGCGACCCCAAACGUAACGAAUGCACCACAUCGUUGCGAAAUGGAACGAAAACCAAGUAAUAUUGGCAAGCAUAUCAGCUUCUAUAUGCAUGGAACGCAUAUAGAGGCGCGUAUUGUUAACAUCACCCAUAUCCUAGUUCUAGUAUACAGUAUACAGUAUCCAAUACCCCAUAAUCCCAUAAUCCCACCAGCAACACACACGUACAUGUAACCAAGUUAAAAUAUCUAACGUGAGCAUUUUCCGGCUUAAUCGAAUUAACUGUAACUGUAACUGCAACAGUAAUGGUAAAGAUACAGAUACAACUACUUAUAAUAAUGCUAAUUAACGGAUAACUAUAUCGAUAGGAAGAAAUGUCUAUGUCCUAAGUGCUAUCAGUGUGCAACAGCAAUAAAAACUUUUAUGAUUAUACAA